UGAGUUUGUGCCAGGCAUGGGCCGAAUCGGGAGGAAUGGGUACUCGCUAAGCAAGCAGCGUGACUUCCUUUACAUUCGAAUCCUACUGAGUGACAUGUCUACCCCACGGAGUAGCGAAGGGCCCCUGGAGGGUAUGUGCCAGCCCUCCUCCUCAGUGGAGAGCAGUGGUGGGGAGGAGGAGGUGUGGGACCCUGGCCUCCUCUUCCCUGUGGUCCGGCCGUCCUUUCUGGCCCAGAGACAACUGAGGCUCCGGACCUGCCAGAGCCAUCUGUACCCCAGGACGCGCCGCAAAAGAGAGAUGACCCCUGCCGAUAAGAAGGACGCCAACUACUGGGAUAAGCGCCACAAGAACAACGAGUCGGCCAAGCGCUCGCAGGAGAAGAGGAGGGUGAAUGACCUGAUGCUGGAGGGACAGCUGCUGGCCCUGAGUGAGGAGAAUGCCCGGCUGAGGGCUGAGUUGAUCACCCUGCAGCACUACAUAGGCCUGGGGAAAGAGGCAGGCCCAGCCACCCUGCCUUCCCAUGGCCCGGUUCCACUGUACAGGCUGCUGCCCGGUCUGAGUCACUCAUCAGUGCCUACCAAUCUGCUGAUGCCCUGGGGCUCCCCCUGCCUCCCCCAGCCAGCCCUGUACCCCAGCCUGCCUCUCUACCUGCCACACUGGAGGAGCGUGAGGGGCAGAAACAGGUCCUCGACAUACACAGAAGCUUCAGGGGCAGGUUCAACACAUUUACUCAGCUCAGAAGGUACCUCAGUCCAGACAGCUGCUAGCUAACAGAGUGGCUUAGAACAAAUCAACCCCAGAUUAUACAUAGGCCUACUUUAAUGGCAUGUAUUAAAUGUCAGAUAAUACAUGGACACUGUAUUUAUUGAAAGAUUAUUAAUCAACAAUUGCAAAUCAUAGUUUAAAAUAUUGUUAUAAAUGCCAUAUGUGUAUUAUUUACAUUUUGAGAGUGAACUGGGAGUUCAUUAAAUUAAUCUCAGACUGUUACAUGAGGAAUAUGACUUCUGUAUUUUUUGGCAAAAUGUGACUUUGGUAUUUCCCAAGAUAGUGACUGACCCUUGAGAUUCUAGUAUACACAUUUCUUUAUGAAGAAAAUAGUUAUGAAAAAGACAUCAGUAAUGAAAAAAUAUAUAUUUCCCAUAUUUGUUUUAUUUUUAACUUUUUAAAUGAUUAACUAAAUACAAAUGUAUCCGGAGUCAAAACAUAUGACAAACUACAUCAUAUGGUUAACUUGUAUUUAG